AUCCGCUCACCUAAGAUCGCUACACAAAGGAUCUAACAACUGCGCGUUAGGGGUCACCUCAGCAUGACCUAAGAUGUUGACCAAUCAGAACGUCGCCUAGUAAAGCUUCGGUACGGUUUGGUUCUAUCGGAACUUACGUAUCUUUUCUAACGAGUCCCGGUAAAUCCGAGUAAGCAAAACAACAUGGCGGCGGCCAUAGUCUCCUCGCCGAGAACACCACAAAGGGUGUACAGCCUGACUAAUAUAUGUUGUUUGUGUGGCUUUUCUUUUGUUGUGAAGGAGAUAGAUAAAGAGGGCAAUGUUCAGUUCAAGAAAUUAUUCCGAUUGAAAUUAAAAAUGACAGACGAAAAACGAAAUGUGAUUCAGCAAGUGAUACCCAUAUCUUCAAGUGCUGAAGGAGUAUGUGUGAAAUGUUUCGGUAAGAUUGAAAAAAUAAUUAAGUAUAGACGGGAAAUUGAUGGCAUUAUAUCACACUUUGAAGAAAGCAUGAGGAGAUACAAGUUGAAAACAACACCAAGAUCAACAGCAAGGAAAAAACGACUGCUUCGAUCACCAGAGGUGUCUGCACCAGAACUGAAGAACACAUGCAGGGCAGACAUUACCAAUACACACCAUAAUGUCACUCAACCAAUUCACACAGGUCACAAGUACACAGACAUCAAGCCAGCAAGGAAGUCCCUAAAGUUUGUUGAUGAUGUUCGUACAGUUCAAAAUUCCAAAGAAGAGAUGCAACAGGAUUCCUCAGUCUGUUCAGUAACCCAACAUCAAAGAAAGCUAGGGGAUUGUCUAGUUGUAGAAGGGGUGUCGAUCAAUUAUCCCAGUGGAAGGAAAUCUGUUCUAGUCACCUCUGAUUCACACAAAGUGAUUUGCAAGGCCAUGGUUGACAAUAAAGGUGGAGUGGACAUGUCUAUUGUUAAUACACUUCGUCAGACAAAUCCAAAUGCUUUGGUGAAGGGGAUUUCCAAAGUUGUUGAAGAGGAAUGUAGUAAGGCAUGUCAUCGAGGUUCUGGUGCAUGUCUCCAAAGUAAAGACUUUGAACAUUUCUUAAGCUUUAAAUGGGAUACUUUUCACGAAGAUCUCCAGGAAAGAUGUCCUCAUACUAUGUCAGUUAUUUCAUCAACUGUACAAAACCCGCCACCAGUUAGUUUAAGCAAAUCUUUCUUUCAUAUCAUGUUUGCCAGUGCUUUACUGUUGCAUGGCAGGAGUCAAGAAAUGUCUGCCUUUCAAUAUAUAUUAGCAUUUCUCCUUGCUCGUGUUGGAUGUACUUUAAGGACCAUUGAAAUACUUUGCAAGACUGGAUUAUGUGUUCACGCACAAACACUCCAAAACAAACUUACUAGCUGGAAGGACAAGUUAGAUGAAGAACUUAAAGUCCUAAAGGUAAUUCACACUCAGUUUUAA